AGUGUGAGCAAUGUUUUGAUUGUGUUGAGUUGGAAGCUUCAAUGACAUCCUCAAGAGCUACCUGAGUACUUACUCGCCAUGAGCACAACUAUUACUCUCCAAGAUGAGAGAACCUGCUCACACAGUUCACAAUCAGAUUAUUUAAUAGGUAAUGGAGUUCGACAACGGGGAAAUACUUUGGAUUGUGAGGAAACUCCACGAUACUUUAUUCGGCCAUUUAAGGAGGGUGCAGCUACCUUGUCAUCACUUCAGUCGUUUAUUAAAGAAAUAACAUGGCUCUUCCAUCAACGUGAGGCACAGGAGACACUAGUCCUCGUGCUUGUUAACCUUCUGGUCACACUCCUGCUGCUCUCCUGGUGCCACGCCACACGCAGCAUGGCCCUUAUGGCAUACACCUACUUGUCGUGGUUCAGUCUUCUCAGUCUCAUUACUUGUCUGGUGUGUGUGUGGGCAGAAGGUCAGAAAGCUACCCAGAGCUUCACAUAUGGUUACCUUAGAUGUGAGGCCCUGGCAGUGUUUUCUUCCGUGAUGCUUUCUCUCCUCGGUGCUGUCAUCAUCGUUAAAGAAUGCAUCGAGAGAUUAUUUGAACCAGAAAUAAUUCAUACAGGAAUGUUAAGUAUUGGUGGGAUGCUUGGACUGGUGCUGCACCUUGGCAUGACCACCCUGGCCCACAACCCUCCACUGACACAGGUGCUGAGAGCUUCCCAAUCUUCACUUCUUCAGGAACAUGUGGCUGAUAUGUGCCGCAGUCUUUGCAAUUAUGUACCAUCAUUGACAAGAGUACUUCUGCCGAGAGUGGACCCAGUUGUUCUCAUAUCAAUUACUGGUUUUCUUGCAAUAUUGGUAGAUCAUCUUGUUCUCCAGAUGUAUAACUAUCAGGUAGCAGAUAGUGUUGCAGCACUGGUUAUUGCUCUCCUCACCAUCACCACCAUGUUUCCUCUGUGUGUGUGUUCAGCCAGCAUACUGCUUCAGACUACUCCAGUUAGUGUUUUCGCUCAGCUGGAUAAAUGUUUGCGUGAAGCACUUACCCUGGAUGGUGUGUUAGAGUUUCGCCACGAGAAUUUCUGGACACUAGGUGUGGAAAAUCCAUCAUGCAGAACAUCACAGUUAUGUAAGGACCCCAGUGGCUUCAUUCUCACGGGCAGCCUUCAUGUACGAAUUCGUCGGGAUGCCAAUGAACAGAUGGUAUUAGCUCACGUCAGGGAGAGGUUAUCUCCACUGGUUCCAUUGUUAACUGUGCAGGUCUUCAAGGAUGACUGGACCCGCAGCUCGACCACUUUGCAACUUUUGAAUGACUCUGCACGGGCCUUAGCCACGUCACCCUCCCACUCACCGCACUAUGUUAAUGUUACCUACCCACAGGUGUACCCACCAACAAAAUCUCCCACAGUAAGCUCCUCUUUUCAAUCUCAGGCAUAUUACCCAACCCUUCCACGCCCUCCAUUUUCCCAUACAGUGCCUCAGGGAUAUGUGGCAACCAAAUCACCUUCCUUGAUGUCUUCCAUGAUUCCUGGCACUUCCACCACCAGUAGUUUAACUGUAGGUAUCAGCAAAAGUGUUUUAGACACUAAAACUACUGUAAGUAUCAAACAGAACCGUGUUGACGAUGAAUUAAGCAGUUCGGAUCCUUUGUUAUAUGGAAAUUCGGAUACUGAGGCUUUCAAAAGCACACCUGAUUUGUCUGCUGGAGGGUCAGGAGAAAAGGCAGUCAGUUUACAUGAUUGGGCAUCUGGGAGUAAGUCGAGUAUAGGUAGGGAGGCACACAGUCAGAAACCAUCGCCAUAUUACGUAAAUGUAGAUUUCUCCAGCAGAUCAAACAUUUUGCGCGCUCCAACGGAAACACCUCAAAGUAAGAUUAGUAAUAAUAGUAUUGAUCACAGUCCAAGAUAAUGUUCAGUUUUAUAUCUAGCAAAGUUAUAUUUUAUAAUUGGUAAUGUAUUUUCAGAGAAUGAUCCUGAUGUAAUGGAUAGUGUAAUACUUCAUAAUCUCUGUAGUAGAGUUCAGUCUUAGAUGAUGGGCAGACCUAUGUGUGUGCAGUUUGUAAUGGUGCACAUAACUGGUAAUAUAGACUAGCUCAUUGGCAAAAAAGCUCACACACAAGCCCCACUCAUUUCAUAUAUGAAGAACUGAAGAUACAUGUCCCACUCAACUCAUAUAUCACCAGGUGAAAAUGUACAUCUCACUCAUUUCAAGUGUGAAAAUUAAAAAAAAUACUGAUCCCACUCAGUACAUGAGGAUGUGAAUGUGCUGUAUAUAAUUCUCACUCUUCAUAUAUGAAGUAGGUUCAUCUGGGAAGGUAAAAUGCAGACCCUGUGGGCUUCUGGGGAUCCUAAGUGAUGAGCAGCUCCUCAAAAUUUUGCCUGUUCUAUCUACUUCAUUCACUAGAUGGUAAAGCAGAUGAUACAUUGUGCAUUUUGUAAUUUUUUCUAUGUUACGGUUGUAUUUUUAUUACUAAAUAUUAUAGAAUAAAUAUACCCUGUAUAUUGAAAAAUAAUCAUAAUUAUACAAUAGCAAUGAUGGCAUUUACUCAUUCCCUCACCACAGUGUUUGAGUAUGGUAUCAGUGUAAUAGAUCUUCAUAUUUAUCUGAGAAAUAUUUCCAUGAAUAGAUCCUUAUACGACAGUAAUAUUAGAACCUUUUAUGAGAUAUAGUAUAAUUUAAGUUAUAUGUACUUGUAUAUGUUAUAUUGUCAUGUCCUGUGCAAGAACUAUAUUUUUAUGUACUGUAUUAGGAUACGUCUCACUUGUUGCUAUUGUGCUUUUAAACUGCUUCUGUUGGUUGCACAGUACAAUAAUCUCUUAUUAAACUUUUGACAAUUUGUACAAUCUUGUUGAAAUUUUAUGAUACAGGUAUAUACAAAAAUCAUCCUUGUCCUUUUUUUUACAUGACCUGUGUGUUAUCAGUGAGUGACCUGUAAAAUUUGUACAGUAACUAAUUGUUUUUAUUCAAGGUUGCAUUCCUGAAGUGGUAGCGAAGUGACACAAUUGUGGAUGUACUAUAUAAUGGGGAACAAGGGCUUAGGAUUUAGGAGUCACUGAGACCAUCCAUAACUGGAAUAUUUACCUCCUAAACAUGGUACAGUAUUAUAACACCUUAUAUAGCAUCACUUGUGCAAUAAAAGGCAAAAUCAAACAUACAUAGGCUUUACUAGUCAAUAGAUUAGUUAUUAGUAAAUAUCUUUUAUGCGAUAAGGUCUGGUAAAUGUAUUCAGUUUGGCACCUCACAACCCAACACUCACCACUCUUUGUCCUGUGCAGCAGUGUAUAAAUGUAAAAUAAUAAUAUAUGCACAAAUAGAAUGGGUUUAGUUUAAAAGAGUAUUUUAUGAUGUUCAAACAUGACACCUGGGAUUGGUAGCUUACCUCUCAUUCAUCAUUCUGUGACUAACAACCAACCAUCCUCCCAUAGUGUCCAUUUAUGUAAUUCAGUAUCAGCUGUAGUGUAGUGUAGACGUUAGCUACCCUCUCCGUGGGACUACUGAGUUAGAUUUUAGUAUGGAAACUACAUUAUUACAGAGACCUAUUUAAAAAGAGAAAAAAAAUCAUGUACUAUUUUUCAUUGCGUUGGUGUGAGUCGCAUAAUAACACGGGUUUAUUGAACUACCUAAACACAGCCCCUGGUGAGCCUGCCGCUAAGCUGAGGACAUACUGGUAGUACAUUUAACUGCAGUGUACAGUCCAUUAAGCAAACUAAUAAUGCCAAAUAGAGUACAACCUUAGAGUUUUGCACACCCAAAAGCUGAAAUGGUUGUGAAAGUCCAAUUUUUGCUAAAUAUCAGUGAAACGUGUAAAUAUCUGUAACCAUGAUGCCCCGUACAAAACAGUAGUGAUGAAAUGUAUAGAAUAACACACAAAACAAUACAGUAUUACCUAGAUAUAUAUUAGGAUGCAUAGUUAACACCAGAGUGGUCCCAAAUACUGUCACAGGAGAACAUACAAGAUAGUUUUGCUAAUAUCGUGCACCCAUAACAGCUGCUAAGUUCUUGACUGUGGCUGUGGGUCCCUUCUAAGUUCUUAGUGAUGGUCUCAGUCAUAAAAUGGGAUUCCAGGAUCAAUUCACCAUUUUCAGUGGAUUAUCACUUUAUUUAUUAUUAGUUUUCUUUUAUUUUAAGGAGCUGGAUAACCUAACCUCAACUAUAAGGCUAGAAGCAGUAAAUAAGGUAGGGUACAGCCGAGGUCAAAAGUCUUGAACACUUAGCAAUAUCUGGCAUCUACUUCUGAGUUAUACAUAUAUGAUUGGGAUAUACUACUUGUCAUCACAUAUUAUGCCUGAACCACAAAAUGGGAUAAAACUCUCCUUUAUACCUAAGAUCUUCGGGUACUUACAUGCCAAAUACUGUCAAGUGUUCAAGACUUUUGACCCCGACUAUACAUUUUCUGUUGCAUAGUUGAUACUUUCUAAUAGGGAUAUACAGUACAGGUAUCCCCCAAUUUGUAUUCACGUUAAUGAGGUUUUAACAUUUCUUGCAAUUUACGCAAGGCAAAAUCACCGUUAACGAUAUUUAUUGUUAGGCUAAACUAGCUGAUGCAGAAUGUAAACACUGGGAAGUGCAUACUGUAUUUCCCUUCAUUUGGCAAAUCCAAGAUGGACAAUAUGUGCACAAGCUGCUUUUCCAUUCUCCGUGUGCCGCUUCACGGCCACUAUGCAAACUACAGUCCAGCACUUUGUUUCAACAUGAUCACAUCUGCCCUCGCUAGUGUAACAAACGUUAUCCUUCUUAAUCAUUGCAUAAUUUUGUGGUCACUGUGAUACUUUGCCGUUAUUUGUGAGAGGAAAAAAUUAUCUGGACGAUAAUGUUUUAGUGUCUGAAGUGAUCAGUGUAAAACACUGUAACUUUGAAAAUGGCUAGCAAGUGUCCCGUCGGAGUCAGAUUGAUGUCACCGCUCCUUUAACAAGAGUUCCCUUAGCUUCGGAGGAGACAUGCGAUGAUGACCAGGCUUGUAGUUGUUAAUGUGGUGAGUGUUGUUUAACUUUUUAUUAUUUAUUUGAUUUGUGUAGGAUCGUAUUUUCUGUGUUAUAUGUCUGUGUCGGACAGGCCAGGAACAUAUCCCACUGAAAUCCAUGCAGCAGCUCUACUGACAAAUGAUAUCCAUCCAGUUUAGAAUUACAGAAGUCACUCACUGCUAACCUACAAGUCAUAAAUGAAACCUUGAGGAAUAACGUAGGAAAUUUAACUUUAUGACCAAGUGGAAGAACCAAGUCUUGUGGUUUCCCUCUCUCCUCCCUUAUUGGGAUUAGAAAUUGACAGGUAGUACUGAAACAGGGAAUGUUUACCAGACUGGAUGUAACAAGUCAGUCUUCCCAAAAGUCAUAAAUGUUUUCCUUCUUGCAAGUUCCUUUCCACUGUAACAUAGGGAGGCAGGUGCUUAACUUAAGGGCAACACGACACAGUACUCACUUAUUCAUUGCAGUGGUUGUAACUAUGUGUACUGCUAUGGUGUUCCUCCACAGUAAGGCUCGAAAAUUUUCCUUGCAUUCACUUUUUCCAUUUCAUCAAAGUUUUUUAUAUAAUUCCUAGAUAUCUGUAUAGCACAUAUCUAGAUUUCUUUCUCUUGAUUAUAUUCUUUGAAAUAUAAAUCUUUAGUCAUGUAUGUUGCCUGAUAUAUUAGAAGGAAGAAAUACCUAAACACAUUCAGACAUUUAACUCAUGUUAAAGAACUUCUUUGCAUGUUUCAUCAUAUACUGCUUAUGGGAUUCACAGUGGUAUAAAUUUUAACACCAGUUCAUGAAUAUUAAAAGAGUUCCAUAUACUUGGUAUCGUUAACUAAAUUAAGACUUCUGAAUAUUGCUAUAUAUUUUCUUAAGUCUCCUCCAUUUAGUGCAGUAGUGUUAGUGAAGAUCCUUGUUGUAGAAAUGGAACACCAUAUUAGGAUACGUGUUACAGCAGAGAAGAGAAAGAGCGAUAGCAAAUAAAGUUUGUUUAAUCUUGGUUCCGUCUACCCUGCGCUAUAGAAGGACAGGGCUUGCAAGAGUGAAUGAAGUUGUUGCUCAUAUGAGUUAAAGGUAAUCAUAACAUGGCCAUUUAAUCUGUUCAUCAGUAGUUUAAAAUGUAAUGUUUUAUCACCAUUUUAUCUUCAUCAAACUCAAAAUAUAAAAUAUUGUUAAUUUCAUCAUCCAACUGUUUGCUAGGCACAGUGCUAAUGGGCUAGAAUGGACCUGUUUUAUUUGCAGUAUGAGUAUUCAACUUUUUUUUUUUUUUUUUACAAUACCCUGUACUUAAUUUUACUUAAGAAGGAAUCUGCUUUAAAUACAAGAAUAAAUUACUGUACUGUACUAUAUAUUGGUCUUCAGCUUCCACUCCUGUGUAGCCUUUAUUAAAUGGAUAUAAUAUUGGAUAGCUGAUCUCAUCUUGAUUUGGAGUGUGACCAACAUUCCUCUCCAUGUUAGGAUGCUGUGUAUGUAUUAGUUAGUGUACUUGCCAUAUCAUUAAGGUUUAUGUUUAUCCAUGUGAGAUAAGUUUUAUACUGUUCUUCACUUUCAUCUGGAUGCCUCUUAAGUACAGUGCAUCAUUACUUUUUACAAUACAUUUGACAUUCAACAUAAUUUAUUCCAUGUUUAUGGCAUAAUUUUAUAUCUUAGUGAUGUUUUGUAAGUGAACUGAUUGUCAUUUGUAAAUUACCAGAAGUCAUUAUCUCCUGCAAUAUUUGUACAUACAAUAUAUUCUUUCUCAGUA